AAACAAUAAGUGUGUCAGGUCUAGAGGUUGGUGCCAGUGCCAGGCUAUUAUUAUCUCCUGAGACCCAACAGGAAACGGCGUGGACUUGACUCUCGCUUCCACCACACACAGCACAAGGCAAAAUGCAGGACCCUAAUGAAGACACAGAGUGGAAUGAUAUCCUUCGCAAGAAGGGUAUCCUACCACCAAAGGAACCCGAGGUGACUGAGGAAGCCCUGGCUGAAAUGCUAGAACAGACGAUUCAAGAAAAACAGAGCUCAGAGGCAAGAUUAGGAAAGCUCUCUCUUGAUGAGCUUGAUGAGCUGGAAGAUGAUGAAGAUGAAGCCAUCCUCUUAGAGUUUAGAAAGAGAAGAAUUGAGGAAUUAAAAGCACAGGCUGAGGCCAAUAAGUUUGGUGAGGUGUUGGAGAUCAAUGCCCAGGACUAUGUGGAGAAAGUGAACAAUGCAGGGUCAGGCAUUUGGGUGUUUCUGCACUUGUACAAGCAGGGAAUUCCUCUUUGUGCACUUAUCAAUCAGUGCCUCUCAAAGCUGGCAGUCAAAUAUCCACAGCUCAAAGUCCUGAAGUCGAUAUCAACAACGUGCAUUCCUAACUAUCCGGACAGGAAUUUGCCAACGAUCUUUGUCUAUUAUGAGGGCCAGAUGAAGAGGCAGUUCAUUGGUCCUGGAGAAUUUGGUGGUGAUAAACUGAAAUAUGACGCCCUGGAGUGGAUGUUGUCUCGUACAGGUGCCUUUACGACUGACAUUGAACGAGACCCAAGAGGUCCCAAAAUCAAGGACGUCAUGAUGAGUUCCCUUAGGCGGACUGCUGACAGUGAUGAAGAUGAUAGCGAUGAAAAUGAUUGGUAGAAAAUGGUUGAGGAGUGAUUAAGACCUCAUGUUUGUUACUGGCUUAUGGUUGGAUUCAGACCAUGAGUCCAAAUGUAAUUGUCACUGAUUUUUACAGUGAUGAAGUACUUAUGCAUUUUAUUAACGUCACACAAAGUAAGAAUAAAUGGGUUCAGGAUAAUUGUAAUUCAACACAGCAUUAUUUAAUAUUUCCUGAUGUGUUAACUUUUGUAUUCAUUUUACAAAAUAUUUAAAAGUUAAUACAGAA